CUACUUGUUUGAGGUCGAGCUGUGAGUAUAACAAGAACAGUCCUUAGCCCGUGCUUCAUGCAUGGGCAGGUUUGGUCUUCUUCGUCCCAGCUUCUCUUAUGUUUUUGUGCCCACCAUUUUUCGAAACCCAAUCUCUCGCUUUUCCACGAUUUCCUUCCAAACCCACUUCCAAAAUGGGCACUUUUUGGAGAGCAAAGAACAAUUUGCCACCUUAUGUUCCAAAGGGCAGAUCAAAGAAGCGUUUGAAAGCUUUGUAUAUGAGAUAUGGACAGAACCCCGUUUAUUUUCAAAUCUCCUCCAAGCAUGUAUUCCCACAAAGUCUGUUGCUUUGGGAAAACAGCUUCAUUCUUUGAUAUUAACUUCUGGGUGUUCCUCAGACAAGUUCAUUUCCAAUCAUCUCCUCAACCUCUACACAAAAUUUGGGGAACUUCAAGUUGCAGUGGCACUGUUUGAUCGAAUACCAAGGAGGAACGUCAUGUCAUGUAACAUCAUGAUCAAGGGCUAUCUUGAAAUGGGCAAUCUUGAGGUUGCUAAGAAACUGUUUGAUGAAAUGCCUGUGAGGAAUGUUGCCACGUGGAAUGCAAUGGUCACGGGGUUGACCAAGUUUGAAAUGAAUGAAGAGUCUUUGUUCUUGUUUGCAAGGAUGAAUGAGUUGGGUUUCAUGCCGGAUGAGUACUCAUUGGGGAGUGUGCUCAGGGGAUGUGCACAUUUGAUAGCUUUGUGUGCAGGGCAACAGGUUCAUGCUUAUGUUAUGAAAUGUGGGUUUGAGUUUAAUUUGGUUGUUGGAUGCUCUUUAGCUCAUAUGUAUAUGAAAGCUGGAAGCUUGCAUGAUGGGGAGAGAGUUAUCAAAUGGAUGCCAAAUUGUAAUUUGGUCGCUUGGAAUACACUUAUGGCCGGAAAAGCUCAAAAGGGUUACUUUGAAGGAGUUCUGGAUCAGUACUGUAUGAUGAAAAUGGCAGGUUUUAGACCAGAUAAAAUUACAUUUGUGAGUGUGAUCAGUUCAUGUUCGGAGCUAGCCACCCUGGGUCAAGGGAAGCAAAUUCAUGCUGAAACAAUCAAAGCAGGAGCUAAUUCUGAAGUUUCUGUAGUUAGUUCGUUGGUCAGUAUGUACUCUAGAUGUGGAUGUUUGCAAGACUCGAUCAAUGCUUUUCUGGAAUGCAAAGUGCGAGAUGUUGUGUUAUGGAGCUCAAUGAUUGCUGCUUAUGGGUUUCAUGGUCAAGGAGAAGACGCCAUCAAGCUUUUCAAUGAGAUGGAACAUGAAAAUCUGCCAGGAAAUGAAGUCACAUUCUUGAGCUUACUAUAUGCUUGUAGUCAUUGUGGACUGAAAGAUAAAGGUCUUGCUUUCUUUAACAUGAUGAUAGAUAAGUAUGGACUCAAAGCUAGACUAGAACACUAUACUUGUGUGGUUGACCUGCUAGGCAGGUCUGGUUGUUUAGAGGAAGCAGAGGCUAUGAUACGAUCUAUGCCUGUAAGAGCAGAUGCAAUUAUAUGGAAAACAUUAUUAUCUGCAUGUAAAAUCCACAAGAAUGCAGAAAUUGCAAGAAGGGUUGCUGAAGAAGUUCUUAGGAUCGAUCCUCAAGACUCGGCUUCAUAUGUUCUACUUGCCAAUAUUUAUGCAUCAGCUAAGUGGUGGCAAAAUGUUUCUGAUGUGAGAAGAGCCAUGAAAGACAAGAUGGUGAAGAAAGAACCAGGCAUAAGUUGGGUAGAAGUGAAGAAUCGCAUUCAUCAAUUUCGUAUAGAUGAUGAAGGCCACCCAAAAUCUGUGGAGAUUAAUCAGUACCUGGAAGAAUUAACUUUAGAAAUGAAGAUGCGGGGCUAUGUACCUGAUACAGGUUCUGUUCUGCAUGAUAUGGACAAUGAGGAAAAAGAAUACAACUUGAAGCACCAUAGUGAGAAAUUGGCAAUUGCUUUUGCUUUAAUGAGCAACCCAGAGGGAGUGCCAAUAAGGGUGAUGAAAAACUUGCGGGUUUGCAGUGACUGUCAUGUUGCCAUCAAGUACAUAUCAGAGAUUAAAAAUCUAGAAAUUAUUGUGAGAGACUCUAGCAGGUUUCACCAUUUCAAAAAUGGCAUAUGUUCUUGUGGAGAUUAUUGGUAA